CUCUUUUACUAGCGCUGUGCCUGUCGUUUUUUGUAAGUGGUGAAAAUUUGCAGUUUUACCGUAAAAAUCUGCUGCAAAUAAGUCGAUAGUUGCCGGAAAUCAUGUCCAAGGAAGAGGAGCCCGUCGAGACGGGAGAUACCAAUGAAAAUUCGAAUGAAUCCACCUCGGAUACGACGUCGUCGCAUACCAAGGAGCCGGAUUACGAUGCUACGUUGGAAACGGACCGUGGAAAGCGAUUCGAGUUUCUGCUAAAGCAGACGGAAAUCUUCGCUCAUUUCAUGCAAGCUGCCCCGUCGAAGGGAACGGGCAGCCCGCCGGCCAAGGUGAAGAGCAAACCGAAAAAGAGUGAGAAGGCGCCCGUCGCCACCACUACCGCAGGUGCGGACGCCAGUGGAGAUCCGGGAGAUCAUCGUCAUCGGAAAACAGAACAGGAGGAGGAUGAGGAACUGUUGGCGGAAACGAAUGUCAAAGCAAAAACGGUGUUCCGGUUUGAAGCUUCGCCGCUGUACAUCAAGGCUGGGGAGAUGCGAGACUAUCAGGUUCGAGGUUUGAACUGGAUGAUUUCGUUGUAUGAAAAUGGUAUCAACGGAAUCUUGGCCGAUGAGAUGGGGUUGGGAAAGACAUUGCAGACGAUCUCGUUGUUGGGUUAUUUGAAGAAUUUCCGAAACAACCCAGGACCGCAUAUUGUAAUCGUGCCGAAGUCGACGUUGCAGAAUUGGGUGAACGAGUUUGCUCGUUGGUGUCCUUCGUUGAAGGCGGUGUGCUUGAUCGGUGACCAGGAAACGAGAAAUGCGUUCAUCCGGGAUGUGCUGAUGCCCGGAGAGUGGGACGUUUGUAUCACCUCGUACGAGAUGUGCAUCCGAGAGAAGGCCGUAUUCAAGAAGUUUAAUUGGAGAUACAUGGUGAUCGACGAGGCACAUCGUAUUAAGAACGAAAAAUCCAAACUGUCGGAAAUUUUGCGAGAGUUCAAAACGGCCAAUCGUUUGUUGCUGACGGGAACACCGCUGCAGAAUAAUUUGCAUGAACUUUGGGCACUAUUGAACUUCCUGUUGCCGGACAUUUUCAAUAGUGCAGACGACUUUGACUCGUGGUUCGAUGCGAACGAGUGCAUCGGUGAUAACAAGUUGAUUGAGCGUUUGCAUGCUAUUUUGAAACCUUUCCUGCUACGUCGAUUGAAGUCGGAAGUCGAGAAGCGACUAUUGCCGAAGAAGGAGGUGAAGAUCUUUGUAGGUUUGUCCAAAAUGCAACGCGAGUGGUACACGAAAAUUCUGAUGAAGGACAUUGACAUCGUCAACGGAGCAGGCAAAAUGGAGAAGAUGCGUCUGCAGAAUAUUCUGAUGCAGCUGAGGAAAUGUACCAACCACCCAUAUCUGUUUGACGGAGCCGAGCCGGGACCACCCUAUACGACCGAUUAUCAUCUGUUGGAAAACAGUGGAAAGAUGGUUGUUAUGGAUAAAUUGCUUCUAAAGUUGCAAGCGCAAGGCUCUCGAGUGCUGGUUUUCAGUCAAAUGACCCGCAUGUUGGACAUUUUGGAGGAUUACUGCUACUGGCGUGGCUAUCAGUACUGCCGUCUAGAUGGUCAAACGCCACAUGAAGAACGUACAAAGAUGAUUGACGACUACAAUGCGGAGAAUAGUACGAAGUUCAUCUUCAUGCUGUCGACCCGUGCCGGUGGAUUGGGUAUCAAUUUGGCUACGGCCGACGUUGUCAUCAUUUACGAUUCCGACUGGAACCCUCAAAUGGAUUUGCAGGCUAUGGACCGCGCCCAUCGUAUUGGUCAGAAGAAGCAGGUACGUGUAUUCCGGCUCAUCACCGAAAAUACCGUCGAGGAGAAGAUUGUCGAACGGGCGGAAAUCAAGCUGAAACUGGACAAAUUGGUCAUCCAGCAGGGUCGACUCGUUGAUAACAAAACCAAUCAGCUGAACAAAGACGAAAUGUUAAAUAUCAUUCGCUUCGGAGCUAAUCACGUGUUCCAGUCCAAGGAUUCGGAAAUCACGGACGAAGAUAUCGAUCGCAUUCUGCAGAAGGGCGAAGAGAAAACCGCAGAAACUGCAGCUAAACUGGACAAAAUGGGUGAAACAUCACUGCGCAGUUUCACCCUGGAUACAGAAAAUCCCGAAAACCGUUCGGUCUACCAGUUCGAAGGUGAAGAUUAUCGCGAAAAGCAGAAACUGCACGCCUUGGGAUCCUGGAUCGAACCACCAAAGCGCGAACGUAAAGCCAACUACGCCGUGGACGCUUACUUCAAGGAGGCACUUCGUGUAGCCGAACCGAAAGCUCCCAAAGCUCCCCGUCCUCCGAAGCAACCGAUCGUACAGGACUUCCAGUUCUUCCCGCCGAGAUUGUUCGAGCUGUUGGAUCAGGAAAUCUAUCACUAUCGCAAAACUGUCAACUAUAAGGUUCCGAAGAAUCCGGACCUAGGUCCAGAGGCAAACAAGGUUCAACGGGAAGAGCAACGUAAGAUCGACGAAGCGGACCCGUUGAGCGAUGAUGAAAUGGUCGAGAAGGAAUCUCUACUGACGCUAGGCUUCACCAACUGGAACAAGCGUGACUUCAAUCAGUUCAUCAAGGCGAAUGAAAAGUUUGGCCGAGAUGACAUUGAAAACAUUGCCAAGGAGGUCGAGGGAAAGACGCCGGAAGAGGUAAUGGAAUACAGUGCAGUCUUUUGGGAGCGUUGCCAUGAGCUGCAGGACAUAGAACGGCUUAUGGCGCAGAUUGAGCGAGGCGAAGCGAAGAUUCAGCGUCGGGCUUCUAUCAAGAAGGCACUCGACAGCAAGAUGUGUCGCUACCGGGCACCAUUCCACCAGUUGCGCAUCGCGUACGGCAACAACAAGGGCAAAAACUACACCGAAGAGGAAGAUCGUUUCCUGGUGUGCAUGCUGCACAAGCUGGGUUUCGACAAGGAAAACGUCUACGAAGAGCUUCGAACGGCUGUUCGAUCCGCCCCGCAGUUCCGCUUCGAUUGGUUCCUCAAGUCGCGAACGGCACUGGAACUGCAACGUCGCUGCAACACGCUGAUUACGUUGAUCGAGCGAGAAAAUCAAGAGCUGGAAGAAAAGGAACGGCUUGAGAAGAAAAAGAAAACCGGAGCGACCGGUGGCGCACAGAAGCCAGCUGCCGGGAAGCGUAAGUCCGAAACGGCCACCACACCAAGCGAUAAGAACAGCAAGAAAAAGAAGAAGACUUAAGGUUCACGGAGAUCCCCAUUUUAGCGACUAUGACUAACAAACACAUUCAUAGUUUUACACAAUAGAAACUAGCGAUAAACA